CCUCCCGCCCGCCGGGACAGCUUCCUCUUUUGCAACUAUUUAAGGCUGGUUCCUGCCGCGAACCUGGCAGCAGCCGGGACAUGGAGCGCAUGGAUGUGACCGAGACCUUCUCCGGCAUCUCCCUGCCGGGGCACCUCCACACGCAGGAGUCUCUCAGCUUCGCCGUCACCUUCCCAUUCCGCCCCACCGACGUGGUCAUCGCCACCUACCCCAAAUCAGGCACCACCUGGAUGCAGGAGAUCCUGACGCUGCUGUUCAGCCACGGGGACGUCCUCCCCGCCAAGACCAUCCCCAACUGGGAGCGGGCGCCGUGGCUGGAGCAGGUCUACUUCAGGGAGGCCCUGCAGGACGUGCAGGACACGGCCGCCUGCCGGCUCAUCACCACCCAUCUGCCCGCCCGCAUCCUGGCCCCUGCCCUGCAGCAGAGCAAGGCCAAGGUGAUCUACGUGGCCAGGAACCCCAAGGACGUCGUUGUCUCCUUCUACCACUUCCAUCGCCUGGCCAAGUUCCUGCCUGAUCCUGGAUCCUUCGACAGCUUCCUCACGCAGUUCCUCGAGGGCACAGUGCACUACGGCUCCUGGUUCGACCACGUCAAGGGCUGGCUGGGUCAGCGGCAGCUCCUGGACAUCUUCUACGUCACCUACGAGGAGCUGCACCAGGACCUGCGUGGCACCGCACAGCGGCUCAGCGCCUUCCUGGGGUGCCCACUGGAACCGGAGACACUGGCAGCCCUGGAGCAGCACUGCAGCUUCGCCACCAUGCGUGACAACGCCAUGGCCAACUACUCCCUCAUCCCCAUCGAGAUCAUGGACCACAGCCAGGGAUGCUUCAUGAGGAAAGGCGUUGUGGGGGACUGGCGGGACCACUUCUCCCCGUGGCAAAACGCGCUCUUCAACCGCCUCUACCAGGAGGAGAUGGGUGACCUGGAGCUGCCCGUGCACUGGCCCAUGGCCUGAUGGGCUUUGGGGAGCCGGGGGGGGGGGCACUGCACAAUGAGACUGGCUCCCUGAGCCCUGCUGAAGGGGAUGCAGCCUGCGUGGGGACCACCCCAAGCCCCAUGCACCACCCCAGGGACUGGAGCUGGGGGUCUGGUGUUGAGGGGGGCUGUCUGCAUGGCACCUCCCUGGGGAUGGGGGCACUGCUGGCUACC